CUGCUGAAAACCAUCUGCAACGAUCCACGGCGAAUUUUCAUCGAGUUUUCCGGCCGGGGAUUCCCGUCCGCCACCCGUAACGUGGGCCGACUACGAAAGCCACCGCCACGUUUGGACGGCGGCGUCGGGCCGAAGGGGUCCAUUGGAAAAAUGUGAUCUUGAGUUUUGUGGGUUGUUUUAUUUAUUUCGAAACGAAAAGUCGCUUUUGAAGGUUGAUGUCAAUAGCACUUGAUAACACACCUUGAAAGAGCCGAGAACCUAGAGCAGGCGCGCGCGCUCAAUCGGACUGAAAUCGGAGCGGAUAGGCGGCCGUUAGUGAUUUAUGAUGGAGGUGGUGGCAGCUGCGCCCUCAGGCGGCGGAGUGCCGCCGUUCCACGACCACGACGUACGCGAGUGGUCCAGAUUGGACAGUUUGACCGGCGUCCUCGAAAGGGCCAGAUUGGAAACGGACAAUUGGACCGCAAACACCAACAACGGCAGACACAAAUAUAACAAGGUAGUGGAUUCGCGAGCGCGGACCGACGCGGACGGCUCACUGCAGGCCCAGGCCAGACGGCAGCUCGAGGUGUUCCAGAGCCGCGUGCCCGGCGGACACCUGCAGGUCAUCAAGACGCACACGGUCAGCAGCAGCAGGUGGACGAACAAGGGUGGAGGUGGGACAGGGGCCAUUGCCGCCAAUCCCGUCGCCAACGGGGAAAACGGACCGCCAGACAUUGCCAGGGACUUCGAAAACCUGCAGCUCGCACUAAAUCCCCUGGAUUUGAGCUCGGAGAAGUCCAAGGCUUCUGUGGGCAGAAGUGUCAGUAGGCGUCCGCCAACCCGUCAAAGAAACAGACAAGACUCCACCCAGUCCAGCAAUCUGUUUAGGGACGUCCAUUUGACCGCUGCGACGAACCUCCACAGAGUAUCGCGACUCUGCCAUCAGAUCCACGAGUCGGCGGUCAGACAAGCCUUCGGAAGAAGAUCGCCCCGGCCACCCAUAGACGAGCGGGAAAGUGGUGAUGGAAGUGUUGAAAUAUACGAGAUAGAGAGCGUCUCUUCCAGCGAUAAUCGAUCGGUUAACGGCCAUACGAAUCUGACACGAACGAAAAGUACUAGCAGUGAAGACAUACUAAUCACACCUGAUAAGGAUUCUUCCACCAAGAGCAUCGAAGACUUAGAGGACCUCGAACAACUGCAGAACUGGAGGAGGAGUUCCAAAAUACGGAGAUCGUUGCAGUUUCCCAAGCAGAAUAAGCCAAACGUCGCAAAACCUGCGGAUCUGCCAGAAAACAGCGGCAGUGUAAGAAAAAUUCGGGAAGACAUCGAGAAAGGACGACGUCUAAACACAGCCUUGAGGGGAAACAGCAUAGAUCUCGAAGCGUUAGAUCAAAUUCUCCAAUCAAUAUCAAGCUCCAGCAGUAUACAUUCGGAUAAAACACUCGAAGACAAUUUGGAGGACGACGAAGUCAAGUUAAUCACAUCGAAAAAACGUGAAAAACGGAACUCCUUCGUCACCGUGCAAUCAUUACAAGAAGUUCGAGGCAGGCUAAGGCGUACCAGCUCACCUUCCAGUGAUAUAUAUUCAAAUAAAGACGAGGAAGUUGAUGAUGGCAUAGUCACAGAGGAGAAACCGCAACCGGAAAUGCCUCAGGGUGAGAAAACUGCCCCUUCAAGGGUGCGGUCCUAUGUUUUCGGUAUGGAGGCAAUGCUCAACAAGAAACCUGUUUCAGGAACAGGCAGUCUGGAAUCUAGAUCGAAAUUUGUGAAUGGAAGUUCCAAUAACAGAAGCGACGACUGGUACAAUAGAAGAAAAUCUUAUGGCUUUGAAAAAGUCCACACCCACGAAGAAUCAUCUAACUCUAUAUCUAACAAAACUAAAAACUUCGUGGAAUCAUCAACCGACAGUGGCAUUUGCAGGUCCACUGAAAUAGUCGUGGUGCCAACUACCAUGAAAAAGUUUGCGGAGGAGUCAAAUAAUUGCAGUGAUGUUAAUAGUGAUAGUGAAACAAAAUACAUACCGUAUGAUUCAAUUAAGGAAAACGGAAUUAAUUUUGGUAGUGUUAAGAAAAUGACUAAUCUCUUUAACAAAGAAGACAACCUGUAUAAUAAAUACGAGGAAAAUAACUGGUCUAAACGAGCUCUAUACAAUGGGGAUGAGUGGAAGCCCAAAUCCACAACCAUAACCAUACCUAUUGUAAACAAUAACAAUAACGUGAUCGACUUGUCUUGGAAUGAUGAACCCGAAAAGGAUAUUAAACGUCAUUCCAUAGCAGUAGACGAUACGAAAUACGCCAAGAAUUUGGACUCUAGGUACAAGAGAUCUGAUCUGGCCUCAAUCGAAAAUGACGAUGAUACUUCGGGCACACGUAAAACUAAAAAAGUCGAGUUCUGUAAGACAGAAGUGCAUUUUGCAGCUGAUUCGGGCAAGGUGAACAUUGUGGAAACUGACGAAAAACCUCCUCCCACUAACAAUUUUAGAAGACGCCGAAGAAACUCUGGUCCUCUUGUCAACAUCACUGAAGACUACAAUAAGAAUGGCUUACCCGUUCUUCAUUUCGGCGAUUCGUCUUACGAAAAGACCAUGUUUGGUGUUACAGAUGAAGUGAAUGAAAAGGUUGAGACGAAUGAUUAUGAGAACGUGCAGUCGAGAGUGCCACCAGCAUUUGGAAUAGUGACUGUGAAUUCUAACAGCAACAACCAUCUCGAUUAUCAAAAUGAUAAGAAGGAGUUUGUGGAGAACGAAAAUAUAAGGGGAAUUUUAAAGAACAAGCCCAUUAAACCGAAGCCCUAUCACUUGGGUGAAUCCCCGUUUUCAGAUUUAAAUUCGGAUGAGGAGAACAGAAAGUGGGGAGUGAGAUUAAGACCGGUGAAGAAGGAAGACCCACCCGUUUGGAAAUCAACGGUCAGCGUUCACAAUUCUCCGUACGAGAAAAGCGAGGAGGAAAAAUAUUACAAUGGCGAUUCAAAUCCACCAGAGUUCCAGAAGCUUCUGAAGAACUUAAGACCGACGAAGAAAGAUAUUCAUAGUGACGGCGAACAUCAUUACUCGGAUAGUUUUUCGAGCAUCAGAGUGGUACCGCCGGUAAGGGAUAAUAGAAGAUCUUCGUGGUCCGUUCCUGAAAAGCAAGUUGAAGAAAAUCAUGUGCAAAACGGUGAAAUUAAGGGUUAUUCGACGAAAGUAAAUUUUGGAAAUGGUGGUGCCACAGUAGUGGAAAGUGACAACUAUGUGGAGAACAACAGACACCCUACUUGGCCUAGAGCAGACAGUUCUAAAGACACGAGACAGUUGCUCAAUAAGGGCCUUGUAGUGCGAAUCGGCAAAGACGAUUCAGCUUCAAACCACAUGGUGUGUUCCAAAAUGACCACCACACAAGAUCGUAAUAACACAACCACAACUACGAAGAUCACCAUCGAUUUAUCACCAUCACCACCCGUCACAAAGCAGGAAAAGCCUGUCUUCUCCUACACCAAAUAUGAUCGAUCUCAGAACCAUAGUUUUAAGUCUACUUCGCUCAUACUAAACACCAUAAAAGACAACGAGACUGAAAGCAAGAUUCCUCAACAGUUGGAAGCCCUAAGAAAGCUCUACGAUGAUGUUCACAGCGAUAGUGAUGCCGACAAAGAAGUCCAGCAACUCAUGAGUCGAAUUACCGAAAGGGAAUUGUCUAGAUUGGAAAAUGAUAACAGCAGUGUUGUGUCUGGUAGUUGGAGUAAGAUGAGUGCUCGGAAGAAUCUAGGCAAUUUUGUAACUAGGGCUAACAUUAAGGAAAACCAGUCAAGAUAUGAUCUCAAAGCUAAUACGAAAAUAGAAAAAGAGUCCCCAAUGGAUGACUUGAAGCCUGCUCAAGAUACUAACAAAUCGACUGAUUACCCACCAACGAAAUACAAUGUAAACUUAAGUAGACACAAAUUCUCGCCAAUAGUGAUAAGAAAAGCUGCCCCAACUAUAAGACCCGACUUAAAAUCGGCAAUUCCGGCCGAAAAACUAUCUAGUCCAUCUCUGGUUGGUCGAAAUGUGAACGGAUUUGAUUAUCCGGAGAAAACGGAUAAAUCCAGAAAUACUAAUGGAAGAUUGACUCCCAACAAGCCAAUGGUAAAUGGUCGACAUUCACCAGCAAAAGUCACAGGCAGAAGGUCUCCUACCAAGCCAAUGACAAACGGUGUAUCACCAACGAGGCCAUUGGUUAAUGGCAGAGCAUCGCCAGUUAAACAUGGUAGAUAUUCACCCACUAAAGAGUUCAAGACUGUAUCAGACAUUAAAACGAAACAUGAUAUGGUUCUUAGACAGCCGAAGAAAUCAGAAAUGACAUACUUUGGAGUCAACGUUUCUCCAAGACCGACUAAGAAACCUGUAGAAGCUGUGAUACGUAAAGAAACUAAACUCAGUGAUAAACCAGACUUGCUACAACAUUACAAUAAGUCACAAGAAGCUCAAAUAAAAGUAGUAAAACCACGUAGAAAAUCACCGGAAAUUAAAAAAGAAACUUCUCCUAUUUACGAGAAUGUGAACGCUAUAAAGAAAGGAAAAUAUUCCUCACAGAAAGAGUUUGAUAACACUAUUAUGGAAGAGUUAACCAAAGCUGCCGAUCAAAUUUUGCAGGCAGUGAACGGUUACACUGAUGAAGAUGCCCAUAACAGGUUAUCUUCUGAUGAAGAACACAAUCACAAGCAACUAGAGACCAUUUCCGAGACAAAAUCUUGGAAGCAAGACAGCCAAGCUGUAACUAAAAUAAAGCCUCCAAACUCCAAGGCUAAACUUAAACGUAAUUCGUCAAAUUCUUCAAUAGAAAGUGUUUCAAAGGACAGACGGAGAUUGACUCCUGAGAAAAAACCUCUGGUAACGAAAUCAUCUUUAGAGAAACCAAAAAAGAAAAUCUCCAGUGAUUCCACAGUGUCUGUAAAACAAACAACAAAAGCUAGAAGACUGCAAAGAGCUAGUAGCAGAGAAGCUCUUUUACAAUCACAUGGUAGUUCUUCAGAAGAUAUUUCUGCUAAUAUUGAGGCUCCAGUAAGGAAACCUAGACUGAUCAAAAAAACCAAAUCUACCCAAUUAACUAUGAGUAAUGGUUUAGAAAUUAAUAAAAGAUCACCAGGUCAGAGAAAGAAGGAGGAGGCGAAAACCGAUGAGAGGAUUAUGAACAGUUUACCCGAAAUCAGACAUAAAACUGCUGUUUCGACUAUACGUAGCACUGCAGAAAAGUCGAGAGACAGAAGUAGACACAAAAGUGAGGAUGUCAAGAAAAAGAUGCCACAAAAAAGAGAAUUGCCGAAAGGUGUCAAUUUGCCAUCUUCAAGAGCAGAAAGUAGGAGUCGCACUGGUGCUUCAAAAGAAACCACUCACAGGACUUCGACUGCGACUAUUAAAAAAUGCCAUCGUUCAGAAGGAGGAACAAGACAUUAGACCACAACUUCAAUUUUAUAUAAAAUGUACUGUUUGUUUUUUAAUUUAGUUAUAAUAUACGAAAAACUCCUGCCGUGUUAGCAUGUAAGUUCCUAAAAACAUUAGUUUGUAAGUUUUUCCGUCAUAUUUGACAGACAGCGGCCUUAACAAGGGUCCUUUGAUGGAUUGUGAGAAUACCGCAUAACAUAAGUGUAUAAAAAUAAUGCUUUAAUUUGCUUAAUAUCUUUUAAUGUUUCAUUGUAAUAAUUUAUUAUUCCUUAACAUUCUCAAAUAAUUGUGAUUAUAAACUGCUUUGGUUUUGUGAUGUUUACAGAAUAAACGUUUAAUUCAUA